AUGGCGUCAACGUAUUUAAAGGCAUUCACGUAUGACGCGUUCGAAUUCGGCAACGAAUGCGCGCAGCUGGGUCAGGACGGCACCGUCUCAGGCUCGGAGGACUGCCUGUUCCUCAAUAUCUGGACUCCUGAGAACUUCAACAACGAGUCCAACUACCCUGUCUACCUUUGGAGCUACGGAGGCAGAUUUUCCGGGGGAUCAGGCUCACAGGAGACAUACGACGGGUCUGGGUUGGCGGCAAAAGGCGUAGUCGUGGUGACUUACAACUCUCGGCUUGGUUUACUUGGCGGUCUCGCCCAUCCUGAGUCUGCCGAAGCUGAGGGCAAUUCCACUGGCAAUUGGUCUUUGCAGGACCAGAUCGCCUGUCUACACUGGACAAACGAGAACAUCCAGCUUUUUGGGGGCAAUCCUGGUCAAAUCACUGUUGGUGGUCAGUCCGCCGGAUCUUCUAUUGCUCUUGAUCUGGUGUACUCUCCUCUGGCAGCUGGUCUCUUCCAGGGAGCCAUAGCAGAGAGUGGAGCCCGGGCUCCCCACGACCCUUUGACCGGCUCUCUUGCCACCAGCCACCGCAACAAGUCGCAGGCCGAAGCCCAGGGCGUUGACUUCCUCACAUUUCUGACCGUCAGCUCGAUCGAGGAAGCUCGCCAACUCCCGCUGAAGACGCCAUUGGCUGCCAGUCCCCAAUCAGACACGACUUUUGUCGGCACACCGUUCGAGAACAACUCAGCGUAUAUGGAGCCUCCGGUCUUUCGUCCCGUGAUCGACGGAUAUGUGCUACUGGAUACAUACGCAGCUACCCUGGCAAACCAUUCACAGAAUGAUGUGCCCGUCCUCACAGGCAACAAUCGUGACGAGAGUGGAGCAUCUCCUGACCCACGCACAAUGGACCUAGCCGAAUACAACUCGAGUAACAAAGCUAUUUUCGCACCCAUUGGAUUGGAGGAUGCAGACUUUCAGCUCUUCCCGGCGCAGACAGCAUCUGAGGCUGGUACACAGACCAACAACUUCUACCGCAAUCAAAGCCUGUUCUCAUCAUGGAGCUGGGCAAACGCAUGGGCUGCUGGUGGUGCCAGCAGCAGCGUCUAUACUUAUUUCUGGACACAUGCGCCACCAGGGCAGAGUGCGGGUGCCUACCAUGGGAGCGAACUGAACUAUGCCUUCAACAAUAUCCCAUGGGCUCCGACGCUUAUGGGACAGACACUCAACUGGACAGCUGAGGACUCUGCGAUCCAGGUCACAAUCUCUCAAUUCUGGUACAACUUCAUCGCUACGGGCAACCCGAACGGCCAGAACUUGACAGCGUGGGCACCUAGCACCAACCAGUCCGCGACAACAAUGGUUUUGGGAGACGCCUACGGAAGCAUCCCCGUGGCUUCGGAGGAUGUGAUUGAGUUUAUGACAGAAUAUUUUGCGCAGGAAAUUGUGUACUAG